AUGUCAAAAUGGUAUAAUGCUAUGUAUGACAAUUAUCGUCAUAUCAUUGGUCUUCAAGAUUCCCUGAAUGGUAAAAAAUUUAUUUUACACGUAGAUGACAACAAACCGGGCUUUGUAUAUUUGGUUCCUUGGGAUUCCGAUAAUGUUCAAAAUCCAGGAAUAUGGGUUGAUAAGCUGGGUGAUAACACAUUCGUUCUCUACAGUGGCGAUCCAAAAACAAAGAUUUAUCAUCCUCAAUACUCGGAUUGCGUAAUCGAUCAUGGUAAAAAGAUAUUCACCUCUUUAGACAUCAGUGGUGAUAUUAUCACCUAUAAAGGUGAUAACAUUGCAUUCACCUUCAACGAUGACAACACCAUCAGCCUGACAAACACAAACAAUGUCAUGGCCUACAAUAGAAGAAGUCCAGGUUUAUAUGCUGGUGUAAACCUAGAUAACACAUUCGUAAAGCUUACCGUAUUCCAGGUUACACCUUACUUGUACGAUACUGUUGAAACACCCAAUAAAACAGCAGAACCAUUAUCUUCUACUAGUUCAAUAAAAAAAGUAGUAAUAACGAUAUGGAUUGACAAGUUCAUUGCCUUCUAUUCGUCUCUAUGCUAUCAUCAUCCCUUUCUUUAUUUGGAUUAA